GGUCAGUGAAAAAUGAAUGGAUAGGUGAAAAUUCUGAAAUUAAAGGUUUGGACAGAGAAGCUGCACUUAAAUUACUUCAUAAUUCAAAUAAUUAUCAUAAGGAAUUUAUUAAUGAGUUAAAAGCAUAUUGUGAUAUUGGUAUUAAGGAUCCAACUUUUAUAAAAUGUUUUGGUAUAUCGAAAGAUGAGGAGUCUAAAGAUUAUAUUCUUGUCAUGGAAUAUGCCUCAAAAGGUUGUUUGCGCAAAAAUCUACAUAUUGUUACACGGCUGGAUUGGAAUGAUAAAUUGAAUCUACUACAAUGCAUUGCAACAGAUCUUCGGAUAAUUCAUUCUCACGACCUUAUUCAUCGGUAUUUACAUAAUGGAAAUAUACUGCUAAAUAGCUUGAAAAGUGCAUAUAUUGCUGAUUUAGGACUUUCAAUAACAACUAAUAUUACAUUAAAAUCAAAGUUUGAUGUAGUCUGUGGAAUUUUACCAUACCUCGCACCAGAAAUUUUAAGCAAACGAUUAUAUACCAAGGAAUCUGAUAUCUACUCAUUUGGGAUGAUAAUGUGGGAAAUUUUAUAUGAUAGUAAAUUACACGAAUUGGAAAUACAAUAA